AUGGGAGAUAAGCGCAAGCUCGAGAACGCGGUUGAUGCAGUUGUGCCUGAGGGCAAGAAGAUGAAGAAGGAGAAGAAGGACAAGAAGGAAAAGAAAGAGAAGAAGGAGAAGAAGGAAGAGGUUGUUGAGGUUGCGCCUGUUGAGACUGCUACCGAGGAGGUGAAGGAGAAGAAGGAAAAGAAGGAAAAGAAGGACAAGAAAGAGAAGAAGGACAAGUCCGAGAAGAAGGAGAAGAAGGACAAGAAGGAAAAGCGCAAGGCCGAAGACGAGACCGAGACCGAGUCACCCGCCGACAAGAUGGACGUCGACGAAGAGACCACCGAGAAGAAGGAAAAGAAAGAGAAGAAAGAGAAGAAGGACAAGAAGAACAAGAAGCAAAAAACCGACGAGGAGACCGCUACCCCCGAGGAGCAAACCCAAGAGCAAGAGCAAGAGGAGGCUGCUGCUGCCCAGGGCAAGAACUCUCGCUUCAUCUGCUUCGUCGCCCUCAUCCGCGUCGCAACCAAGAAAGAAGCCCCCAGCAAAUGCCGCGGCUUCGCCUUCAUCGAGUUCGACAACUACGACCGCAUGAAGACCUGCCUUAAGCUGUACCACCACUCCAUGUUCGACGACGGAAAGUACCCACCUCGCCGCAUGAACGUCGAGCUAACUGCCGGCGGCGGCGGCAACACAGACAGCCGCAAAGCCAAGAUCCAAGCGAAGAACGAGAAACUCAACGACGAGCGCCAGCGCGACGCAAAGAAGAUCAAGACGGACAAGAAGAAGCACGACAAGCCCGCCCAACGCACCGGCGCCAACGCCGAAGCCCCGGCACCCGCUGCUAACGGCGAUGACGACAAGUACGCCGGCGUGCACCCGAGUCGCAGACCGCAGCAGAUGUGGUAA